AGGGAAGGUGAGGAUUUACCAUCAAGUUCUGAUGUGGGAGAUGGGGAUAGAUAGGCAAACUUUGCUUCUAACUUUAGUUGCGCUUUUUGUUUUAGAGAAAGCAAAAUAAAUAUGUCUCUUAGCUUGAAUCAUGCAUUGAGAACUUUGAGCCUAACAAGACAAGCACUUGUAGUGGUUUCCAGACAGUAUCAUAAAAAUGUGAUUGACCACUACGAAAAUCCACGUAAUGUUGGAUCAAUGGAUAAGAAUGAUAAAAACGUAGGAACUGGUUUAGUUGGUGCACCUGCUUGUGGGGAUGUAAUGAAAUUACAGAUUAAAGUGGACGACGAUGGUAAUAUUGUUGAUGCAAAAUUCAAAACAUUUGGUUGUGGGUCAGCCAUUGCUUCGAGUUCAUUGGCAACAGAAUGGAUAAAAGGAAAACAGAUCAAUGAUGCGUCCAACAUUAAGAAUACGGAUAUUGCAAAAGAGCUAUGUCUUCCUCCAGUCAAACUUCACUGUUCAAUGCUCGCCGAAGAUGCAAUAAAAGCUGCAUUAAAUGAUUACAAAACGAAGCAGGCAAAAGUGGCUGUGUAGUCCUAAAUUGACUAUUUUUAUUUAUUUCCGUCUGUGAUAUUGUUUAUGUCAUAUUUUGUAAAUACACUUAUCUUUAUUUUGUCUGCAUGAUAUACCUGUAUUAUAUGAGAUAAAUUCUUUCUCGAACAGCAUGUAACGGCCAGCGUUUUAUCUCUUUGCGAGCCGAUGAAGGUUGACAAACUAGUCUUAUUUUGUUUUCUGUUGACAAUUCAUCCAAACUAUAAUAAUAUUUACUAACCCUGCAUGUUCUUUAUCGCAGCAGAAUCUCAAGAUACAUAUCUUGAUAUUCGCAGUGAUCACUACAAUGGAACGGUUUUAAACAAAUAUAUUGUCUUCUCAAAA